UUUUGGUAGUUUCUAUUUAGAUACACACAUUUUGAUGACGAAACACACACGGAAACGUGAAAUGGACUGAAAACAAUUUUGACAGAUUUGAGAACUUUGUCAUUUUGUCAUUUUGUUGUUACGAUUUUACCAUAUCUAUCCUUGGAAAGUUGUUACUGCAUUUCUAAACUCAUUGAUGAAGAAAAACACAAAUGAUGAAAUGAAGAAAAAUUUUGUACAGAGUGGAAAGCAUACAUAGGUGUAGAUACGUACAGUGGAGGAACCAGGAAAUAGAAAACAAACAUGGAUCAACAAGGGAUGGUUUCAUGCCAGUAGGAAAACAAGCAUUGGUAUUUUAAAAACAAUGGAUCAGCUAGGAAAUGACUGCCCUUGUAAACGACAGAGAGUUUCUGAAGGCGAUGAUAUUGAUCAAGAAACUGGUAUGCAUCUGAAACAUGCCACUGGUAGUCAUGAGUUUGAUUAUUGUACAUCAAGGGACACAACUGUCAAUGAAAAGGGCGACUCUGUUGAAGAAAGGGAGACAAUUCAAUGGCAUCCAUCUGUAGGAGGUACAGGAGACUUUAAAAGUAAAUCUGAUUGUGUUGGAGAAGGGAGCCAGUCUACACAAAAUGAUUUUGAUGUACAGUCGAGUAGUGAAGAGAAUAGUGCAAUGUCAUUGCAAAAGCAGGCUAAUAUUAAAAAGACUGGUUCUCAGGAGGGUAAUGAAAAUAUGGCAGAUGUGAAAAAUUGUUCCUUAAAUUUAAACCAGCCCUUGAAAAUCACACAAAAUGUGAAAUCACAUUCUGGUUUCUGUGAAUACGUACAAAAUGUGCAAGCUAUAGCUGAGAACUCGUAUAUGAGUAAUCGUGAGAGAUAUGCAUCCAAGGUCCACAGGGAUCUGCUGCAAAAGUUGGAAAGUCCUAAACUUAAAAGACCAAUGGAUAGAGUUAAUACCAACUUAGUAAAGAAAAAGAUAGAUACAUUGCCAAGUUCCGACAUCAUAAAAGAAGAAUUGAGUAAAAUAGAUGCUGAAAAUUAUAAUAAACACAAUAAACUUUCACCUAGUCAUCAAUUGACAUUCAAAAAAAUUUCUGUUGACAGCAAAGCAGGUAACAUCAUUGAAGAUAAGAAAAAUGAAGACGUCCAGAAGAAACCAGAGUUUGGUGAUAAUGCAAUAUUUGCCAAUAAAGUAGGGAUGAAUAAUUUGGAGAACUCUGAUGUAAGAAGUAUUGAAACUUGUCAAGACACAUCAAACAGUGUUGGGAAUGUUGAUAUAGAAGCAGAAACUGUAGGUUCAUGUAGGUUAAGACAUGACAAAGGUCUACAAGCAGAUGGAUUCAAUGAGUCAUGUUUUGUGGAAAUGUUUUCAAACUCAGUAAUGGGAAAUAUAAUGAGUGGUUCUGGAACAACAGGAAGUUUAAGGAAUUAUGGGAAACAAGAUAGUGAUACAGUUCAUGCAGAAAGUUAUAAAGCAUCAAUUAAAGGUGAAUGUAUAGAGGGUUCAAGAAUGGUCAGUCUUAAUAAGAUCCAGGUAAAAGAUGAUGGAAGUGGGGACAGUGCUCUCAGGAUAGAAGGUAAAGUUAGUACUCACACUCAUGACUUAGAUGAAGUUCUUGGACCUAAUAUUAAAGAAAAUACAGAAAGCACAAGAGACCCAUGCAAAUUCCAAGGGUUUGGAAAUUUGUUAACUCAAAUAGGAGGCUGUGAUGAAAGUAAUAAACCUUUGGUUAAAGCUGGAGAUGUAGAAAACAUAAAUGAUCUUACAAGUUUAAAACCAGAGUCUAGUGAUUUAGGAAAAGCUGUAAGGGCUGAUGAUACAUUAAACAAUGUUUCUGAAAAUAAAACUGAUGAGAGUGCUAAAUGUUCUGCUGCUAGGCAUUCGCUUGCUGGACAAUCUAUGAGUUAUAAAACAAACAGGAAUGUGGAAUCUACCAAUGCAUUUACUGAAGUAUCGACUAAAGAUUUCUGUAAAAGUGCUGACUUAGAAGUUUUAACUGAUGAUGAUCAGGAAAAAUCUACAUUGAUAAAUGGGAGAUUUAAAUUAGAUUUUCAUGAAACUCAGGUAAUAGUGAAUCAAGGAAAUAUCAACAGGUUACCAAUAACUGUCUUAGUGCACAUACUGAAAAAUUUGACAGCUUUUCAACUUUUGCGUCGAGUAAGUUGUGUGUGUAAGUACUGGUAUAAUGUAUGCAGGGACCCAGAUGUUUGGCGGAGAAUUUCUCUAGUUAAUCAACAUCGUCUGUCUGAUUUUGACUUUAAACGGAUAUUACAUUUUAGUGAUUGUCGUGUCAGGAUUCUGAAUCUAACGGAUUCCCGAUUCGUAACAAAUCAUGGGAUAAAGUAUCUAAUAAUGAGUUGCCCACUGUUAGAGGAGCUUCGACUAAUGAGGUGUUUUGAUUUGACAGAUGCAGCUUUUGAAGGCCUGUCUAGUGUAGGAGUGUGCAAUAAUCUACAGGAACUGUAUAUGGAUGCUUGUUGUAGAAUAACAGAUAAAACUGUUCUUGAAGUAUCAAAAGCUUGCCAUCGACUGAGAAUUUUGAAUUUAAAUCAAUGCACGAGGAUCUCCGACACGAGCGUGAUUGGAAUAGCAAAGAACUGCCCAAGAUUAACUACCCUUCAACUUGAUCACUGUAGCCAGGUUACUGAUACAGCCAUGUCAGAGAUAGUUCUUGGUUGUCCAGAAAUUUUAUACCUCAAUCUGAUGUCUUGCGGAAUAACUGAUACUGGAGUAAAAUACCUCUCUAAAUUAAGGAAACUGUCAAAUCUUGACCUGUCGAACAUUCCUCGGUUGACGUCGGACUCUGUGGUAUAUUUGUCCAAGUUCUGUAAAAAUCUACAGUGUGUAAAUGUAUCUCUAAACACGUUGAUGGAUGACCAGUGUAUAUCACAGCUUGCCAAGAAUCUGCCAGUAUUGAAAAGAUUAUAUUGCGUGUCCUGUAGUAUAACUGAUAAAGGUCUUGAAGAUAUUGCAAAGUAUUGUCCUAAUCUAGAAGCUCUCGAUGUUGGCUGGUGCCAGGAAGUAACAGACAGUGGUGUAAGAGUGAUUUCCCUUUCCUGCAAAUAUUUGGAUUACUUCGGUCUUAUUCGUUGUGAUAGAGUUACCUUAGAAACAAUAGAAGAACUUGUGCUUAAACAUCCAAGUAUCAACUAUUCAACUUUUAUACUUGAAUCUAGACGUUUACUAGAGAGAGCACGAAAUGAAGGAUAUCAGUUCAAACUGUUAAAUCUCCCAUAAGAAAACAAAACUUUGUUCACUAUAUAAUAUCUAAUAUACUUGUUCAUCAUUCAAUCUGGAUAAAACAUUGCAUGAUUUUUAGGAAAAUUUCAAAAUAGGUUCACAAUGUUUCGUGGAACAGUGAAUAGUGCAGACCAUAGAUUGUUUGAUCCGUGGUCUGCACUUAUUGCAAGGUAUGGCAUAAUGGUGCUACAGUGUUUCCUCAUACAAAACCAGUACUGGUAAGUUUCAGGCAAGUGGUUAAGAUGUUUGCCUCUCAAACCCAGAAAUCAUAGGUUCAAGCCCUACUGGAGCUACAGUGUUUCUUCGUAUGACAUCAGUACUGGUAAGUUUUAGGAAGCUGACUUAAAAGUGGUUCAAUAAGUUCAAAGCCCCCCCCCCCCCCCCCCUUACAAUCAUGCUAAGAUACAACAUUGAAUAAUUUAUGGAAAAAAAACGUCAAAUUGUUCAGGUCUUAAUUACUUUUAAUUUUGCAGUGUUCCCAUUGUCAUUGAAUGUCUGGCAUUAUCUUAUUUACAUGUGUCUUUUUCCAGUGCUUUGUUGGAAACAGUCUAAAGAUGCUGUGGUUUUAUUAUGAACUUGCUGUCAAUAACAAUUUGCGUUAUAAUUUUUUUUAUACAAGUUGCGGGCUAUAUAAACAGGAGUAU